AUGUCGACAGCCCGAUCAGCCCCUGUCGAGAGCACCAACGCUGCGGCUACUGGCCUUUCCGAGCCUAUACCGCUCCCAGAUAGCGCCAAAGAAGACAUCCAUACGGCUGAGCUUCCACAAGAAGUAGAUGUCAUACCGAAUGGGGGUUAUGGAUGGGUCGUUGCUGUCUGUAUUCUCUGUUCGAACGCUGUCACCUGGGGUAACAAUACGACCUAUGGAGUCUUCACGGCGUACUACCUUCAAAACAACUACUUCAACGCCUCGGACCUCGACUAUGCCUGGGUUGGCGGACUGAGCGUCGCCGCUGCGCUGAUCCUCGCACCGCUGGCGAAUUGGUUGACGCAAAGAACCAACUACAGGGUGUCCUUGUUCAUCGGUGCUAGUUUGGUCGUACUGGGCCAGUGCCUAGCUGGGAUUUCGACCAGCUUCGGGCCAUUUCUCGUCUGUCAAGGCCUGGUCUUUGGAGCAGGUCUUGGACUGGUCCUCAUUCCCUCCCUCCCUCUUCUCGCACACUGGUUCGACACCCGCCUCGCUCUCGCCCAAGGCCUCGCAGCGGCCGGCUCAGGCCUAGGCGGUCUCGUCCUGGCCAACACAACUCGUGCGGCGCUCGAGAACCCGCGACUAGGCGUCAAGUGGGCGUUGAUCAUCAAUGGGGGUAUAUCGGCUGCGGUGUUGUUCCCCGCAAUAGCGUUGUUGAGGGGGAGGCAUAAGGCCGUCGGGGCGAGAUCAGCGCCUUAUGAGGCCAAGUGGUUUGUGCACCCUGGCUUCGUCUGGGUACUGCUUUGGGCCUUCUUCGCGAUGAUCGCCUACUUUAUCGCCAUCUACUCCCUCGCAUCUUUCGCCACAUCCGCACUCGGCCUCUCUCAGGGCCAAGGCGCCGCCCUUCAAUCCAUCCUCUCCGCUGGCCAAAUGAUCGGCCGACCCGCGUGGGGUUUUCUCCUCGACAAAGGCGGCCGGAUCAACAUGACCAUCGUCUGCUAUAUCGCCUGCGGCCUCUCCACACUCUGCAUCUGGCUACCCGCGCGCUCAUUCGCCGUCCUCGCCGUCUUUGCGUUUAUCCAGGGCGUAACAGGCGGCACAAUCUGGUCUGCGUCAACGCCUAUCGCUGCCAGGGUCGUAGGCGUCAAAGAUCUCCAGUCGGCCAUGGCGAUCUUCUGGCUGGUCCUCGUCCUUCCGGCGCUGGUCGGUCAGCCAAUAGCCAUUGCGCUCCUCCAGCACUCGACGGGCACGUUGGGGAGACAAGGAGCCGAGGCGUACUAUAUCAGUAUAGGCUUUUGCGGGGGUGUGGCCCUCUUCAGCGCGGCGCUGCUGUACGGGGCUAAGAGACAUCUACAGGGGAAUUGGAGACUCUGGCAAAUUACUUAA